UGUUGCCCCGUUGAACACGCCGCUGGACGUCGUCGUGCGGAUGUGCAAUUUCUGUGUAGUUUCUUGUGUAGUGACGACCCCCUCGAGGUUCGGGGAGAUAGUGUCGCGGAGUCGGUCCGCGGUAUAAAAGUACUAGUUCUUGGCCGGGAACGGCUGAGUUGGGAAGGAGUAGUUGGUUGGAGUAGUUGCUUUCAGUGAUCCUGGAAGAAGCUGUGAGUUGGUGCAGGUCGUGAACUCGGAAGUGGGCGUUUUGUGAUCAUUUGAUUAGCGAGUGGCGGGUAUUUUGGGGAAGACGAAGAAGACUUGGUAAUUUAGCUCAUCGUGUUCUUAAGUAGAGUUAACAGCUGAUCCUAUGGCGGUUUGUCGGCGGCAUGGCAGCCAUGGUCCGGCACUAACCUUCCUGAUUAUGGGAGCAAUCGGUUAUAUGGUCAACACAGUAUUUGGAGCCAUGUUUACUAACGGUACGGAAUCUUCAACGGUGGGGCUGCUGUACCCUGUCGAGUCCGAAACCCGCGAAGCGAAAAGGCUGGACGGCAUGUGGAACUUUGUCCGCUCGGACAGCUCCAACCCGUCGCAGGGACUGCGCGAGAAGUGGUUCAGCGACGAUCUGGCCAAAUUCCGGCCCACGAUAGGGAUGCCCGUCCCGAGCAGCUACAACGACGUCACGGAGGACGCCUCCAUCCGGGACCACGUCGGAACGGUGUGGUACGAUAGGAGGUUCUUCGUCCCCAAGAGCUGGCAACUUCAGCGGGUCUUUGUGCGCUUUGGGUCGGUGCAUUACGAUUCGAUUGUGUGGAUCAACGGCCAGCAGGUCCUGAAGCACGAAUUCGGUCACCUUCCAUUCGAGGCCGACAUCAGUCAGGUCCUGGAGUACGGUAAAGAGAACCGCAUCACCGUCCUGUGCGACAACGUCCUGCUCCAGGUCACGGUUCCGCAGGGCAAGAUCGUAAACUCGCCGGUUGACGGCGGCGUCGAACUCGUCCAAACGUACACUUUCGACUUCUUCAACUACGCCGGCAUUCAUCGGUCGGUGGAGCUGUACACCGUGCCGCAGGUGUUCAUCCGUGACGUUGUGGUGAACACCGACUUGGUCGGGGACGAAGGCCACAUCUACUACACCGUGGAGAGCAGUUUGAACAGCUCGAUCGCAGCGGACCUGCAAGCAACGGUUAAGAUCUUGGACAAGGCCGGGACGGUGGUCGGAGUUGAUACCGCAACGGGGGCUGAGCUUAAGGGGGUGGUCAUUGUGAAGAAUGUCAAGCCGUGGUGGCCGUACUUGAUGCACGAGGAGUACGGCUACAUGUACUCGAUGGAGGUCACGCUGGAGGGGAAGUCCAACGAGGCGUCGGAGCCUGUGGGAGAGAUUUUCGAUGUGUACAGGAUGAAGGUGGGCGUACGGACGCUGGAGUGGAACAAUACUUCGUUCCUGAUUAACGGGCAGCCGAUUUACUUCCGCGGGUUCGGAAGGCAUGAGGAUUCCGAUAUUCGCGGCAAGGGCCUGGACUACGCCCUCCUGACCAAAGAUUUCAACCUGCUCAAGUGGGUGGGCGCGAACGCGUACCGAACCUCGCACUAUCCGUACUCGGAGGAGAGCAUGCAGUUUGCCGACGAGCACGGCAUCAUGAUCAUCGACGAGUGCCCCAGCGUUGACACCGUAAACUACUCCCAGAUCCUGCUGGAGAAGCACAAGGCCAGCAUCGAGCAGCUGAUCCACCGCGACCGGAACCACCCGAGCGUCGUGAUGUGGUCCAUCGCGAACGAACCCCGCACCGGCCAGUUCGCGGCGGACGCGUACUUCGAGGCCGUGGCCAAGUACACGCGCGCGCUGGACCCGUCGCGCCCCGUUACGGCGGCCAUCGCCGUCGGCGUCAACGACGACCGGGCGGCAAAACAUCUGGACAUCGUCAGCUUUAACCGGUACAACGGUUGGUAUCAGAACGCCGGCAAGCUGAAUAUGAUUACGAACCGGGUCGUGGAGGAGGCCAAAGCGUGGAACGAAAAGCAUAACAAGCCCGUGUUGAUGUCCGAGUACGGGGCGGAUACGAUGGAGGGAUUGCAUAUGCUCCCCGCGUACAUCUGGUCCGAGGACUACCAGUCGCAGGUGUUUAGCCGGCACUUCCGCGCCUUCGACGACCUGCGCCGGCAGCAGUUCUUCAUCGGCGAGUUUGUGUGGAACUUUGCCGACUUCAAGACGGCCCAGACGUACACCCGGGUCGGGGGCAACAAGAAGGGCAUCUUCACCCGGAACCGGCAGCCCAAGGCUGCGGCAUAUCUGCUCCGGCAGCGGUACCACGCGCUAGCCCAGGAACUGGACAAGAGCACACUGCCGGGGGAUCUGUUUCUGUACACGGCCCCGGACGGAACCGAGGUCGGCAAGAGCGAACUGUAGAGCGAACACGGGCAUUUCUUUGCAGUAUUUUUAUUUUCGUAGCGUUUUUACUGUGUAAAUAUUAAGGAGAUUGAAAACAAAUUUUAUUGCGCCAAAACCCCAAUAAACUUUAGUUACGACUCGAUUUACGAGUUCAACAGA